AUGUCUGUGUGAAUUCAGUUUGUUAUGCGCUGAACUCUAGAUAUUCUGCUUCUCCUCAUCAGGGCUGUGGUUCAUUGAUCUGUGCGGAGGGACUCGGUUCAGUGAACUCGUGAAUCAGUGAAUCAGUCUCUGAUGGAGUGUUUACGGCUCUGUUCUCAGACGGGACGCCUGGCUGAUCUCAAACUGAAUUCUGGGAAAUCUCCAGUGAUGUUUUCCUGCAUCCAGUGAGAAACCUCAAAACAAGCUCGUCAGCUCGGGCUGCUGGAGCACUGCGCGUCCCCGCGAGAGAACAGCGCGCACCCGCGAUCCGCGGGCAUACUGGAGAUGAGCGCGCGGAGAGUCCAGUCAGUCGCAGCGCAGGACAGAGACAGUCACAGGACCGCAGACCAGAACCAGGACCAGGACCAGGACCGAGCAGGUUUCAGUAGGUUCAUCGUCACGCUGACAGAACACUAGAAGAUCUUCUCUGAGCUGUCCUGAUUGGCUAAACUCACUGCAGAGGCGGAUCAUUGGUCACACGGCCGUGAUGGACAGGCCGAGGGACGGCCCAUUGGCUCUGCUGCUGCUGCUGCUGGGUCACGUGAUCACGGCGCUGGAGGUUCCUCUGGACCCUAAACUCCUGGAAGGAUUGCCACAGCCGCCCACAAUCACCCAUCAGUCGCCGAAGGAAUACAUCGUAGACCCGCGGGAGAACAUCGUCAUCCACUGCGAGGCCAAAGGGAAGCCGCACCCCGGCUUCUCCUGGACCAGGAACGGGACACACUUUGACAUCGACAAAGAUCCCAAAGUCACCAUGAAGCCUCACUCGGGAACGCUGGUGAUCGACAUCAGCGGAGGAGAGAAGGCCGACGCCUACGAGGGCGUGUAUCAGUGCACCGCCCACAACGAGCUCGGCACCGCCGUCUCCAACAACAUCGUCAUCCGCCAGUCCAGAUCUCCUCUGUGGUCUAAAGAGAAGUUCAGUCCGAUCGUAGCGCAGGAGGGACAGUCUUUGAUCCUGCACUGCCGCCCCCCCGCCGGCCUCCCGCCGCCCAUCGUCUUCUGGAUGGACAACAAUUUCCAGCGUUUGCCGCAGAGCCGGCGAGUGUCUCAGGGUCUGAACGGAGACCUGUACUUCUCCAACGUCCUGAUGGAGGAUUCCAGGAACAACUACAUCUGCUACGCCCGCUUCCCGCACACGCAGACCAUCCAGCAGAAGCAGCCCAUCACCGUCCACGUCAUCGACAUGGAUUCACUCAAUGACACAAUGGCAGAUUAUUUCAAUGACACUGAUUUGUUUAGUGAUAAGCCCGUCGACGAGCGGCCGCCCUCCUUCAUGGUUCCCAGCGGCUCGCUCAGCUCUACGAUGGUUCUGAGAGGAGAGGUUCUGGAGAUGGAGUGCAUCGCGGACGGCCUUCCCACUCCUGUGGUCUCGUGGACGAAGCUCAGCGGAGAGAUUCCCAGUCACAGAGCUUCCUUCCAGAACUUCAAUAAGACUCUGCGGAUCACGGAGGUGUCGGAGGCCGACGCUGGGGAAUAUCGCUGCACUGCCCGGAACCGGCUCGGCUCUGUGCACCACACCAUCAGAGUCUCCGUCAAAGCGGCUCCGUACUGGAUCAGCGCUCCCAGGAAUCUGGUUCUGGCUCCGCUGGAGACGGGCGUCAUCACCUGCCGGGCCCGAGGACAUCCCAAACCCAGCAUCCGCUGGUCCAUGAACGGCCUGCCGAUCGAGGACGCUCCUAAAGACCCCAGCAGGAAGGUGGAGGACGACACCAUCAUCUUCUCCGAGGUCCAGACGGGCUCCAGCGCCGUUUACCAGUGUAACGCCUCCAACGAGUACGGAUACCUGCUGGCCAACGCCUUCGUCAACGUGCUGGCGGAGCCGCCCAGAGUUCUGACGCCCCCUAAUAAAGUCUAUCAGGUCAUUAUGAACAAACCCGCGCUGCUGGAGUGCCUGUCCUUCGGCUCGCCCGUCCCGGCCGUCACAUGGUUUAAGGACAGCCGCUCCAGCAUGCUGGACGGAGAUCCCUACGAGAUCCAUAAGAACGGAACUCUGCAGAUCCACGUGUCUCAAGCUGUAAACAGCGGGAAAUACACCUGCGUCGCCCGGAACAACCUCGGCAUCUCUGAGAACCACGUCUACCUGGAGGUCAAAGAGCCCACGCGGAUCCUGCGGCCGCCGGACUACAGGGUGGUCCACAGGAACCGGGACGUGCUGUUCGAGUGUAAAGUCAAGCACGACCCAUCCCUCGUGCCCAGCUCCACAUGGCUCAAAGACGGCGGCGAGCUGCCCGACGACGAGAGGUUUAGAGUGGACUCGGACAGUCUGACCAUCAAAGACGUGACGGAGAGCGACGCGGGAACAUACACGUGUGUCGUGAACACCUCUCUGGACCAGGACUCGGCCAGCGCUCGGCUCACUGUGGUCGAGGCUCCGCCCACUCCUGCGCCAAUCAACGGGCAGCCGGACGCUCCCACCGAUCUGGAGCUGACGGAUCCGGGCGCGAGGAGCGUUCAGCUCACCUGGACGCCUGGAGACGAGCACAACAGCGCCAUCAAGAAGUUCCUGAUCCAGUAUGAAGACGGUCUCCAUCAGAGCGGAGUGUGGCACAACCUCACGGAGGUUCCUGGGACGAAGACCACGGCUCAUCUCAAGCUCUCUCCGUACGUCCACUACAGCUUCAGAGUGCUGGCGCUCAAUGACGUGGGCUACAGCCGUCCCAGCAUGCCCUCGCGCCAGUACAGGACCAACCCCGCAGCUCCGGACGAGAACCCCAGUGAGGUCAAGGGUCACGGCACGGAACACAAUAACCUGGUCAUCACGUGGAAGCCGCUGACGGGCCUCCAGGCCAACGGGCCCGGCCUGCUCUAUAAGGUCAUGUGGCGUCAGCAGGAUGUGGAGGAGGAAUGGACGUCUGUCAGUGUGGCCAACGUCUCUAAGUUUGUGGUGUCGGGGACGCCCACGUUUGUGCCGUACGAGGUAAAGGUUCAAGCGCAGAACGAUUAUGGUCACGGACCCAAACCCGCCGCUGUGAUCGGAUACUCCGGAGAGGACUUUCCCUCGGCGGCUCCGGAUCUCGUGCAGGUGGUGGUGUUGAACAGCUCGCUGGCAGAGGUGUACUGGGAAGACGUUCCUCUCCGAUCGGUGCGAGGGCGACUGCAGGGCUAUAAGGUGCAUUACCGGCGCGAGCGGAGUUUACACCGACACAACUCUCAUCACGGUGAGCAGAGGACCGAGAGCUUCGGCCCCAACAGAACCAGCGGGAAGAUUCCCAACCUGCACCCGUUCAGCGUCUACAGUCUGCACGUGACGGCGUUCAACGCCCGCGGGGAAGGACCCGCCAGCGCCACACAGCGCUUCGAGACGCCGGAGGGCGUUCCCGGCGUGCCGUCGUUCUUCCGCGUGUCGGCUUCAGAUCUGGACUCUCUGACGCUGGAGUGGGGUCCGCCUCACGAGAGGAACGGCCGUCUGACCGGAUACACCCUCAGAUAUCAGACGGUCAACAGCAGUCAUGACCUGGGUCUGCUGGAGGAGCUGGAUCUGCCGUCCAAUCACAGCAGCGUAACGCUGCACAACCUCCAUCACAGCACGCGCUACAAGUUUUAUUUCAGCGCCCGAACGCAGCGGGGGUCCGGUCCUGCGGUCACCGAGGAGGCCGUCACCAUCCUGGACAGAGCGCCGGCGGUCGCUCCUGCGUUCGGGAACGUCAGCUCGUCCGUGAGCGAGGACGGAGCGCGGAUCAGUUGGGAAUACUGGGGCCCCGAGAAGCACCUUUAUGUUGAAUAUAUUAUAGACAACAGUGAUGAAGACUGGCACACAGAGAAGGUCAACGGCUCUCAGUUCCACGUUCUUAAGGGUUUGAAGGAAGGGUUGGCCUACAAGGUGCGCGUGGUGGCCGGAGGUCAGGACGAGAGGUCGCUCCAUCGCUCUGAGGAGCUGUUGGUGAAGCUCCCAGCGGUAGUGAGUCCGCAGGUGGACAUCGCCACUCAGGGCUGGUUCAUCGGUCUGAUGUCGGCCAUCGCUCUGCUCAUCCUCAUCCUGCUCAUCGUCUGCUUCAUCAAGAGGAACAAGGGCGGGAAGUAUCCGGUUAAAGAGAAGGAAGAUGCUCACGGAGACCCGGAGAUCCAGCCCAUGAAGGAGGAUGAUAUCACGUUUGGAGAGUACAGUGACGAGGACCACAAACCGCUCCAAGGGAGCCGAACGCUCUCCAGCGGGACCAUUAAGCGCGACGGGAGCGACGACAGUUUAGUUGACUCCGGAGACACGCAGUUCAACGAGGACGGCUCGUUUAUCGGCCAGUAUAGCGGGAGGUCGGAGAGGGACGCGGCGCACGAGAGCUCAGAGCCGCCGUCUCCCAUCAACGCCAUGAACUCAUUCGUGUAGACUGACGAGGUCAGCUGACGCGCCGUUAUUAGAGACUGAAGCGACGGACGCGGCUGUGUUCACUGUACUCGCGCUCACUGCAGGAACUCAAUACCUGAAAAUGAGCUUCAGUAAAGGGAAACUGAAUUACAGUUUAGAUCCGCAGAUAUUCGUUCCUUAUGUUGGGUUGAGAAAGAAACGUACUGAAAUCCUAUUCCUAGUCAGAAUCUCCUCCUACAUCCACCGAACUCCACUCAGAUGGUUCUGACGCGCGUUACUGUUUCUUUUCUAACUGAUCGGACGAUCAAAACCACGAAAAAUCCCAUAGAUUUCAUUGAGGGGUCAAAACUUUUACACAGUAACUCUAAUGGAGUAUUAGAGCUUCAUUCAUCAAAGUAUCUAUCAGUAGCAAAGCCUAAAAACUAGCGUAGGACAUGCUAACACCAUGCUAAAACAUGCUAAUGUUAGCAAAAUGCUAAUUCAUGCAAGAAUGUGCUAAAACACGAUAGCAACAUGUUAAAACGUUACAAUAUGUUAAUUAAUGCAAAAACAUGCUAGCAGCAUAGUAAUUCAUGCUAGCAAUGUGCUAAUUAAUGCUAUCACUAUGCUAAAACAUAUUAGCAACUUGUUAAUCAUGCUAUCAAUGCGAUAAAACAUGUUUUAGCAUGUUAUUUCAUGAUAGCAACAUGCUAAUUCAUGGAAGCAAUGUGCUAAAACAUGAUAGCAACAUGUUAAAACAUGCUAGCAUAUUAAAUCAUGCUAAUACAUGUUAGCAGCAUGCUAGCAAAAUGCUAAACCAUGCUAACAACAUUCUCAUUCAUGCUAGCAAUGUAUUAAAUAUAAUUUUUGUUUAUCUUUUUAGUACGUAUUUUUAUUGUUUUUUUAAAAAUAUGUAUAUUUUAAAAUGUAAACAAUAAAAAUACUAAAAUAUAUUUUG